AUGGCGAUCAAUGUAUCAGGUCAAUUUUACAAGGUAACCGUCAUAGAGCCGAAUAUAGACCUCCGAAGAUAUAAUGUGGUAUGGGGUGAACUGAAAGAACGAGGGAUCACUAAAUCGGAUCUAAAGCUCACCCUGAUCGAAGUAAUGCUGGUCAUUCAUCCACCAAGCGCAGCUCACAAUACCUCUGACGAUUCCCUUCACUUUGUUCCAGUAGGAAACCUUUAUAAUGAUUGCAGCGACGACAUGAAACUGGCGGGAACUGUAAUCUGUAAGAGCUUCAAUCGACCAACUCGACCUGGCGCCCCCGGCCAAUGCGCCCCUGGAAACUCUGGAAAUGACGAUCAUAUAUGA